AUGGCCCCUAUCGCCGUCGACCGUGUCACUCCUGCCCCUAUCGCGGCCCUCAAGUCUUCCGCCCAAGCUUCCACCUCCUCGGUCCAGUUUCACGUCACCUCGACUCCUUGUCCGAUCGCCGAGUCGUCUUCUGGUCUCACCUUCACUCUCAACGAUGGCCGCACGGUGAUCGAUUGCAUGAGCGGUGGUGCCGCCGUUGCGUGCCUUGGCUCUGACAAUCCCGACUUGGUCCAGGUCAUGGCGAACCAAGCUGCCAAGAUGCCCUAUGCCUAUCACCAACUCCUCGGUAACCAGCCCGGCGAGGACCUUGCCCGCUUCCUCAUCGAUCGUUCCGAGGGCAACUUUGCAGCAGCCGCGUUCCUGAACUCGGGUUCUGAGGCAAUGGAGGCCGCUCUCAAGAUGGUUCGCCAGUUUUGGCUCGAGGUUGGACAGCCCAAGCGACAGUAUGUCAUCGCCCGCUUUCCUUCUUACCACGGCAACACGCUGGGUGCCCUGGCAGCCGGCAACGUUCCAGGUCGUCGCAACCUCUACUCUCCCUACAUCCCCGACGCGUACAAGCAUGUUCCCUCGCCGACCUACAAGCGCAGCGCCUUCGAGGGCGAGACGGAGGAGGCCUACUCUGAGCGUCUAGCAUUGGAGCUUGAAGCCAAAAUCCUCGAGCUUGGUCCCGAGAACGUUGCGGCCUUCUUUGCAGAGCCCGUCGUGGGCACGGCUCUCGGUGUCAUGCCACCUCCUAAGGGCUACUUCCCUGCCAUUGACAAGGUCUUGAAAAAGUACGACAUCCUGCUGGUGAUGGACGAGGUCAUGUGUGGCUCGGGUCGCUCGGGAACGCUCUUUGCCUGGCAGUCCGUUGCUGAAGGUGUUCGCCCCGACAUCCAGUCCAUGGCCAAGGGCCUGGGUGCCGGCUACGUCACCAUCUCCAGUGUCCUCGCCAACGCUCGAGUGUACAACGCAAUCAACAACGCCGGUGCUUGGAAGAACUCGCACACCUACCAGAACCACCCUAUCAACUGCGCUGUGGCCCUGGCUGUUCUCAAGAAGAUGGAAAAGAUGGACGUGUACGCCAACGUCCGCCUCCGCGGCCAGCAGAUGGUCGCCGAGCUCAGGGAGGCACUCAAGGACUGCAAGACGGUCUUCGACGUCCGCGGCCAGGGCCUGUUUAUCGGCAUCGAGUUUGACCUCCCCAAGAGCCUCAACCCCCGCUUCGCCGCCCGAGUCAAGGCAAGCACCUUCCAGAAUGGACUCAUGACACUGGGAAUGAGCGGCACCAUUGACGGCGACAACGGCGAGAGCCUCGUCCUCGCCCCGGCCUAUAUUGUCACUGCCAAGGAGAUUACCCAGAUCGUCUCUAUCAUUGCCAAGUCGAUCAAGGAGUGCGAGGCGGCUCUAUAA